GAUCAUGACGUGAGGAAGGCUCUCCGUGUGUUGUCCAGUGCGGAUUCACAGACUUUCAUUUGAAGCAUUUAAAGCUUGAGGACAGUUGUAAAUGUAACGCCGGCGCUUAUAUACUGGGACGUUUUCUACUACAUACAAAGAAAAAAGCUUCCAUCCUUUGAUUAUUUCCAUCGGAGUGAUGGUGACAUUAAGAUCUCUGACCUGCAUUUCUUCAGAAUGCCGAUCAUUUUAUGAACUGCGACGUCAUAUGGAACUCCUUCUGUUGCUGCUUCUUGCAGUUAACAUGGUUGGUGGUCAAAUUCGGUAUUCUAUACCCGAGGAGAUGAAGAAAGGCUCUGUUAUCGGUAAUGUGGCGCAGGAUCUUGGCUUGGAUCUGAAAAGGCUCCGCUCAGGGCGGGCCCGUAUCGUGACCGGAGAAAACGUUCACUACACCGAGCUGCAGACAGACAAAGGGAUUCUGGUUGUGAAUGAGAGAAUAGACCGAGAGCAGCUUUGUGGGGACGUAACGCCGUGUAGUUUCAGCUUUGAACUGAUAUUAGAAAAUCCGAUGGAACUACACCCCAUAACAAUAGAAGUCUUAGAUGUUAAUGAUCAUUCUCCGAUAUUCAAGAAAGCAAAUAUUAUGCUAGACAUUAGCGAGUCCGCAAAUCUCGGUGCCCGAUUUGUGUUAGAUAGUGCAGAGGAUCCUGAUGUUGGAGUAAAUGGACUUCACAAUUAUGUUUUAACCUCGAACGACAACUUUGUUUUAAAACAGCAUGUAAAUCCAGACGGGAGUAAAUAUGCAGAGAUGGUGCUUCAGCGGCAGUUGGACCGAGAAAAGGUACCACAUCUAUCUUUGGAGCUUAUAGCAAUCGAUGGUGGAAAUCCUCAGAGAUCUGGCACCGUAAAUAUAGACAUUAAUGUUUUAGAUGUAAAUGACAACGCUCCCGUUUUCAAACAGUCUGUUUAUAAGGCGACGGUGAUAGAAAAUGCAGCAAAAGGUACUAAUAUUGUCACGGUGAAUGCUAGUGACGCAGAUAGUGGAUCAAAUGGUUACGUCACAUAUUCAGUUUCAAACGUGAAGAGCAAUAUAGCUGAUUUAUUGUCCAUAGAUCAGUUCUCUGGUUCGCUGUUUGUCUCAGGCCUCAUAGAUUUCGAAAAGGAUAAAAAAUAUGAACUCAGGAUAGAUGCAAAAGAUCAGGGCGGACUAACAGACUCAAGCAAAGUGAUAAUUGAAGUAACUGAUGUUAAUGAUAACGUGCCUAUCAUAAACGUUAUGUCAUUCACUAGUCCCGUCUCCGAGGACUCUCCUCCUGGUACCACUAUUGGCAUCAUAAAUGUAAAAGAUCUGGACUCGGGUGAUAACGGACAAGUAAACUGUAGAAUAGAA